AUGUCGAGGAACCGUCUCCUGGCCGCCGGUCGCUCUCCGGGCCGUCGGCCGACCGCCGGGGGCGGGGAGGAGUCCGAUGAAGAGCUGACCGAACAGACCUCUCACCGCGUGCGGAUGCAGGCCCGUCGUACCCUGGUGCUGUGUCAGAGGUCCGACUGGGUGGCCGUCGAUCAGAGCCUGAAGAGCCUCGAGAGGGCUGCGCUGGAGGGGAGGCUCGGACCCAGCCCCCUGCAGGGCAUUGUCGAUGAGCGGGAGUUUACUCCGCUGAUGUUCGCCGCUAGGGACAACCGGCUGGCCGUCAUCGAUAAAAUGAUCGAGCUCGGGUGCGACAUCAAUCAUGUUAACCAGGAGGGGAUGACCGUUCUACAUAUGGCAGUACUGAACGGCAAAGAGGACAUGGUCAAAGCAUUGCUGAAUAAAAAGGCUGACAUCUACGCACGUGCGGAGCCGAAGCAGAUGACGUGCGUCCACCUGGCGUGCACGAGGAUCUCCGCAGUGGGGGUGCUGCGGCUCCUGCUACAGCAACUCAAAGUGGACACUGCCCGCCUCUCCGAGGACGCAGACGGUAACAUCCCGCUGUUCCUCGCCACGGAAGUAGGAGCCCUGCAGGUCUGUAAGGAGCUGCUCGGUUCAGAAGCCGAACAACAGGUCCUGUACCGGAAGAGGAGCGGUGACACGGUGCUCCACAUGGCUGCCCACCGCCGGGAUCUGGACCUGGCCAAACUGUUUAUCGAGCACGGCGCCAAGGUGAACGCUCAAAACGGAGACGGUCAGACUGCGCUGCACGUGGCGGCCGCGGAGGGCGACGAGUGCAUGGUCAAAUACCUGCACAGUCUGGAAGCGGACGCCGCCAUUCUUGACUCUCAUGACCGGACCGCUCUGCACGUCGCCGCCGAGCACGGCUACACGCUUGUCGUCGAAACCCUGGCGGACAAGUUCAAAGCUUCAAUGCUGGACCGCACAAAAGAUGGCGACACCCUGCUGCACAUCGCGGCCCGCAGCGGACACCCCGGCGCCGUGGUGGCCGCCAUCAAAAAGGGUCUGCCCCUGAGGAUGCCAAAUAAGUCUGGUAUGCGGGCCAUCCACCAGGCGGCGCUGGAGGGCCACGGUCCGGUGAUCGCCGCUCUGAUUCAGAACGGCGAACUGGUCGACACCACCUGUCGGGGAGGGCUGACGUCCCUCCAUCUGGCUGCCGGGGCGGGUCAGACGGCCGCCGUGGAGGCGCUGCUAGGCCAUGGUGCCCACAUGGAACGGAAAGCUGGCGGGUCCUCGCCCCAGGGCAUAUCGUUCAAGGCCGGCGGUCAGUCGGGGUCGGACGCGAGGCCAACACGUGCUGUUUCUGGCAUGGCGACGGUUAACGAGUGGGGAUACUGA